AUGCUCAGCCCUACUGUGCUGGCAGCGGCCGGUGUGGUCGCCCUUCUCAUUCUCAGUAAGCUAGCUUUCACGCCAAAGCAACUGCCCAAUGAGCCAGAAGUGAUACCGCACUGGAUGCCAUUCUUUGGGCAUGCGUUUCGGUUUGCAAAAAGUAAGCGGGAAUUCUUCCGCUGGGCCAAUCGCAAGGUCGAAGGCCAAGCUUUUAGUGUACCUAUGGGGGGUCGGAGACACUAUAUAUUCAGCGACCCGGUGGACAUUGCGGGAAUUCAUAAGAACGGCAAGACGUUAAGCAUCCGCGGCUUUGUUCGGUUUAUCUACAUCUCCAUCUGGGGAUUCAAAGCGGCGGAUGCCGACCAGAUGUGGAAUAUUAAGCCUGAAUGGCAUCGCAUGGACCUAGAGUGGCUGCUCUCGGACAAGAACGACAUUAUCGCGAUGCAGUAUUUGCAGCGGAUCGAGGAGCAGCUUCGGAACCUGGACGCCGAAAUCGACGCAGCGCCCAAGAAGACCAUCACGCGGCCCGGUCUAAAGACCGUGGUCGACGUCCAGGGCAAGGCCACUGUGCAGGUUCUGUACGGUGCAACCACCUUGCAAAAACAUCCGGGCCUGCUGGACGACUUGACUACCAUGGUGCGCGACGGCUUCUGGGGCUUGCUCUUCCGCGCGCCGCGGUUCCUCUACCGCGACGCCUACGAGGCUCGGGACCGCAUCAUCAACACCUACGCCGACCUAGUGGAGAAUAUCGAAACACGCAAGGACGUCUCGCAGUAUCUCUACGAGCGGACGGUCUACCUGACCCAGUCCGGGAUGAGUCCUCAGUGCCAAGGCGCCGAUAUGCUGCGGACCAUGUUUGCCUCGCUCCUCAACUCUAUGCCCACGGGGUAUCUCGCCCUCCUCCAUAUUCUGGCUGAGCCGGGCCUGGCCGACGAGGUCCGCAAGGAACUCGCCGACGCGCAAUAUUCUUCCGACCGCAGCCCUGCGGAACUGCUGGAGAUCCUGCCGACAAAAAUGCCGCUGCUGCGCUCCAUCUGGCACGAAACCCUCCGCAUGCACAACAACUCACUGACGGUGCGUGAGGUCGUCGCCGAUACCCAGUUCACCGGCAAGAAGAAAUGGUUCGUGCAGAAAGGCGGGGUUAUCAACAUCCCAUGUGGUCUCAUGCACUUCAAUGAGGCCCUGCACCCGGAUGCCGAGUCCUUCCACGCGCGCCGGUUCUUGGAGAAGUCGUUGGGCGGAGAAGGCGAAAGCCAUGCCCGGACGACGAAGCCGUUCGGAGGUGGUACAACCUACUGUCCGGGGCGGGUAUUUGCCGAGAAGCAGAUGAUUGGAAUGGUGGCCGCAAUGGUAAUGCGCUACAACUUAGAAAUCGCGAAUGCGGACUGGAAGAUGCCACUGGUAUCGGAAUUCGACGAUAUCACCAAACAGCCGAACGUGUGGCUGAAGAUUUCUAAGCGAAACAUUGUAACUAGCAGAGCCACUGAAGACUUAGUUGAAGUAACCGAUCUUUAG